CGGCACACAGCUCCCUGCCUGCAGGUGCUGAGGACAGCCCUGUGACUGUUGUGAUUUAGUGACAGUUUCACCAGCCCAGUUUAACUUUGCUCUUCUCCUUCCUCAUAAAGCUGUCCUCCUGCCUCAGCUUGGCAGAGAGAAAAAUGUGCACAAUCAGGGUUAACUUAAAUCUGAACUGAUCUCCACUCAUUUGGAAGUCUUCCCAACCAACUCACCACGACAGCAGAGAGUUGUGUGAGGCAAACUGGGGAGGGGAAAAAAGAAAAGCAUAGGAUGGACCUCUCAGGGAGAAAAGAAUCUAAGGAGACUCUGUUCACUUUUAUUUCUGCAGGAGAUAAUCCUUCACAAGGAGUUUGCCCUCCUGAGAAAAAGUCCCCGAAAGUAUGUGGUACCAAUUACCCUCUCAGCAUCGCCUUCAUUGUGGUGAAUGAGUUUUGCGAGCGCUUCUCCUACUAUGGCAUGAAAGCCGUUCUGACUUUGUAUUUCCUCUACUUCCUCCACUGGGAUGAGAAUACAUCCACCUCCGUCUACCAUGCCUUCUCAAGUCUGUGUUACUUUACACCUGUCAUUGGUGCCCUCAUGGCUGACUCUUGGCUGGGAAAAUACAAAACAAUCAUUUAUCUCUCCAUUGUUUACGUUAUUGGGCACGUGAUCAAGUCCGUUGGGGCGAUACCGAGUGUGGGAAACCAAAUUGUUCAUGUGGUUCUGUCGAUGACUGGCCUGACUCUGAUUGCUCUUGGAACAGGAGGUAUCAAGCCCUGUGUGGCGGCAUUUGGUGGAGACCAGUUUGAAGAGGAGCAUGGCCAGGAAAGAAGCAAGUUCUUCUCUGUCUUCUACCUGUCCAUUAAUGCAGGAAGUCUGAUCUCUACUUUCCUUACCCCUGUGCUGAGAGGUGAUGUGGAGUGCUUUGGUGGAGACUGCUAUGCCUUGGCUUUUGGUGUUCCUGCUGCUCUCAUGGUCAUCGCUCUCAUUGUGUUUAUUGCUGGAAAUGGAAUGUACAAAAAGACUCCACCAGAAGGAAAUAUCUUACUCGAAAUUUGCAAGUGCAUUGGGUUUGCUGUUACAAACCGGAUCAAAAAUCGAUCCCGGCACAUUCCUAAAAGGGAGCACUGGCUGGACUGGGCCUCAGAAAAAUACUCAAACCAACUGAUAACUGAAGUUAAAAUGGUGACACGGGUCCUGUUUCUCUUCAUACCACUGCCAAUGUUCUGGGCUCUCUUUGAUCAACAGGGUUCUAGGUGGACACUGCAAGCCACUAAAAUGAAUGCUGACUUUGGAGGAUUUGUCCUUCAACCUGACCAGAUGCAGUUCUUAAAUCCUCUCUUGAUCCUUGUCUUCAUCCCAGUUUUUGACUUCGGCCUGUACCCCUUGGUAAACCUGUGCAAAUUUAAUUUCACACCCAUUAAAAAGAUGGCAACUGGCAUGAUCCUUGCGGGCCUGGCAUUUGCAGUUGCAGCUGUUGUAGAACUCAGGAUAGAGGAAAAUGCUGUGCCAAAGCCAGUUUCAAAAGAAAGCUACAUUCAGGUCCUGAAUUUGGCAGACAGUGAUAUUGAAGUGGCAAUCCAAGAUUAUGACUUAUUUCGACAGCCGAUCAAACCAUUUCAGGAUCCUGCUGAGUACACCAAAUUGAUUCUGAGAGAUGGCCAACAAAACCUUCAUUUGAAGAUACAGUAUCAAGGAUCAUCUUUCAUGUUUAAUUCUACCGCCCACGAAAAGUCAGUGUACAGCUUAAUUGUCUACAAGGUGGAAAGAAGCCUAACAAGCCAUUUAAUUAAAGAUAUGGGGGGAAAGCCACCAGAAGGCAUGUCUGCUGUGAGAUUCAUUAAUUCUUUGGACCAGGAUGUCAACAUCACUCUUGGCAAUGAGGAUUUUGUCAGUAUUAACAAAAGUUAUGGUGUUUCAAGCUACAAGACCCUGGCAAGGGGAAGAUACAACAGUGUCAAAUGCAGAGUGAGAGCAGAAGAAUUCAUCCUGCACCUGGGCCUUCUUGAUUUUGGAGCUGCAUAUACAGUUGUUAUAACAAACACUUCUACAAAGUCCCUCCAAGCAUGGAAGACAGAAGACAUCUCAGCCAAUAAUGUCCAUAUUUCAUGGCAGAUUCCACAGUACCUGUUAAUAUCAGCUGGAGAAGUGAUGUUUUCCAUUACAGGCAUUGCCUUCUCUUACUCCCAGGCUCCUGCCAGCAUGAAGUCAGUGCUGCAGGCUGGCUGGCUGUUAACCGUGGCCUUUGGAAAUGCGAUUGUGCUUGUUGUUGCCCAGUCUGCACCAAUGGAACAGUGGCUCGAGUUUGUCCUCUUUGCUGCACUGCUCUUUAUCGUGUUUGUUAUUUUCUCCAUCAUGGGAUAUUUUUACACCAGCAUGGACCCAGAAGAACUCCUUGCCAGAGAGAACCAACAAGGGAUGUCAAACAGUAAAAAUAUGAUUGGGCUUGUUACCAAGAAAUCAGAGCUAUAAAGGCGGCUGUGGGCACUGGCAAGGGAUUUUGUGGCCUUUCUCUUUUAACAAGAUGUGGAGGAAAUGGAUUUAUUUUUCAUGAUGGCAUCUCACAAAAUAUAUUAUAUUCAGGGGAAAGGGCAAAAUAGGCUCUUUUAAAGUCGGCUGAAUAAAUGUAAACAAACUCCUUGGACAUGAAGCAUUAAAAAUAGAUGCAAAGCG